UCUUACAACUCCUUCUCAGGAACAAUUCCUCAUAGUUGGAAGAACAUGAAAGAACUGAGAGUCAUGAAUCUGUGGAGUAAUAGGUUGUCGGGGAAACUUCCAUUGUACUUCUCUAACUUGAAACAAUUGCAGACCAUGAACGUAGGAGAAAAUGAAUUUUCUGGAACUAUACCAGUAGGUAUGUCACAAAACUUAGAAGUGAUCAUAUUGAGAGCCAAUCAAUUUGAAGGGACAAUUCUGCAACAACUAUUCAAUCUCUCUUAUUUGAUUUUCUUAGACCUUGCACAUAACAAACUUUCCGGUUCUAUGCCAAAGUGUGUCUACAACUUGACUAAUAUGGUUACUAUUCAUGAAACUUCUUUGUUUACUACCACAAUUGAGUUGUUUACAAAAGGUCAAGAUUACGUUUAUGAAAUCCAACCAGAAAGGCGAACUUUUGACCUUUCAGCUAAUAGCUUGUCUGGUGAAGUGCCAUUGGAAUUGUUUCGGCUUGUUCAACUUCAAACAUUGAACUUAUCUCACAAUAAUUUUAUUGGAACAAUACCGAAGACGAUUGGAAGCAUGAAAAAUAUGGAAUCUCUCGACCUCUCUAAUAACAAGUUUUUUGGUGAAAUUCCUCAGGACAUUAGUAGUGUAACCUUUUUGGGUUAUUUGAAUUUAUCAUAUAAUAAUUUUGACGGAAGAAUCCCGACCGGAACACAACUUCAAAGUUUUAAUGCAUCAAGCUACAUUGGCAAUCCUAAACUAUGCGGAGCUCCUCUUAAUAACUGUACCAGGAAAGAAGAAAAUCCUGGAAAUGCAGAGAAUGAAAAUGAUGAAUCUAUAAGAGAGUCGUUGUAUUUAGGCAUGGGAGUGGGAUUUGCAGUAGGAUUCUUGGGGAUUUUCGGUUCUAUGUUUCUUAUUAGGAAAUGGAGGCAUGCAUACUUUCGGUUAGUUAAUAGAGUGGGUGACUAUCUCUAUGUUACUUUGAUCGUAAAGUUAAAUAGCUUUCGCCGAAACUGAGCUCCUGCUAGUUAAGGUGAUUAUGCAUGUGACGAUCGGGCAUUAUUAAUGUUAAUCUAAUCGUGGACAUAAUUGUCGAUACCAGCAAUUAAGGGCCGUAUCAGAUGAGGUCAUAUGUGACUGGACUACUGUUCUUGGGGCUUGU